AUGGUUAGAUGGUGGAUUUUUGGUUAUGAUUGGACGCGAUAUGUAACUGUAGACAUCGCCAAAAGUUUGAAUUCUGAAGGUGUACAAAUAACUGGGAAUGGGAGGGACAAACAAUAUGGAACACAUUACUACAAAGAUGGGAAUAGUACAGUUUAUCUCCGGGAAAGUCCGUUUAAAAGCUCCUCCCUUCAGGGGUACUCAAGGCUUGUUCAUACCCUUCAACCGGAUACGCACACUUAUCGCUAUUUGUUAAAGGAAGUACAGUAUAAUAGUAUUAAACAGAAUAUAAUUGGAAGUAUAGAAUCCACUCAUUUUGUAACGGCUGUCUACCUAUGUCAUGAUAAGGGUAGGAAGAUACCUCUUAUGAUUUGUCUACUAAAAUACCCAGGAUAUUCUAGGUAUUUAAGGCAUGAUACGCACUAUUAUGUUAGAAAGAGUGGAAUAGAGCCUAAUAAGUGGCAAUAUGAUCGUAGCGUAACUAGUGACGGUAAAGUUCUCACAGAGACACUUAAAAAAAUUCUUGAACAGUGCAACUACCCAUCUGUUUUAAAUGCUGAGAGGACCAGUGGAUCAUAUUUUAUCGAUGGAGAAAAUGGUCAAAACACCUUUAAACUUUAUACCAUUCCUAAAUUUGCCGUUAAGAAGUCUGAAAAUGAUCCCGUUCAGGGAUAUGUGAAAUAUACCCAUACGCUCGGUAAUGGAUAUGACUUCAGGAUUUUUUCUACUACCCAUAAAAAAGCAUGCCAGAAAUUCGCUGAUAAAGAUUUUUAUAAAAAGGGACCAUUUAAAGAGGCAUCCUUUUAUUACUGGGCUGGGGAUAAGGAUUGUAAUAAUCCACUUCUUCUUAAGCUUACAUCUGAUACCAUAGAUAUUUCUUACUAUAUACUUGAUAGUACUAAUAAAUGGAAAGAAGUCACUAUUUCUAAGACCGUUUUCCAGGGUAUGAUGCUUUUGGAUCUUCUUGAUACAGAAAAUUGCAGGAAGAAUAAAGCUGUAAUUUUAAAUAUAUCUCAGACGGAUAAAGAAGAUUUUGUUUUGUUUAGUACUUCAUGCCAGACGAAUUUAAACAUUAGUAAAUGUCCUACAAAAUCACAAAUGUAUGAUAGAUACUAUCAAAGCUUGGCAAGUGGAUAUAAACUUGGAAGAUUCACACAGAAGGGGCAUGCUGCAACGUUAGAUUCUCUAGAACUACCACUGACUGAUACCUCAGUUUUUGUAUUCCAUUAUCCUAAAAGUGAAGAUGGGAAACCAUUUCUUAUCUACCUUAGAGAUAGUAGAAAAUCAUACAAAAACACUAACGAUAGACCUUAUGAAUGGAAAUUAUAUACUAGAGGAAUAACUGAUGAGAAUGAUGAAGAUAGAAUACGAAACAUACUUGAAUUGGGGGAUAGCCACACUGAUAGUGGUAAUUCAUUUGCCAAAGAAGAAUCAGAUAUAGAAAUAGAAAUAGGAACAGAGGGUGAAAUACCAACAUUUGAGAAUGAAAAUACUACCAUAUACAACACAAAUUUAUGGCAUUUGUUAUGGUUAGUGCCAAUUAUUAUUAUUAUAAUCAUUUUACUGAUUUUAUACUGUUACUAUUAUCUGCGUGACCCGUGGGUUCGUCAGAUAUAG